AUGUCCUCACAACAAAACGGUACGCCAAAAAUCGAAGCAGAAGCCCAAGAUCUCAAUUCUGGAAUUCAAUCACAAACCAAAAUUUGGAGAACCAGAAUUCCGGAACCUCUGCCACUGGAAAAAUAUCCAGUUUUCCGCCUCCCUGCCGUCCUUGAGGAGGUUAUCAAGAAAGACUUCUUGGACCGCCAAAAUAACUGCAAUUCUGAAUUGCCAGUCGAGUUCAAAUCCAUUACGGAUAUAAUCACAACCAAACUGCUGUUAAUUGAAGUUUUCAGUUCAAAUUGGAGUUCGAAGAUUAUGAUUCGAAAGUUAUGGAAUCCAACGACUACUCCAAUGGGAGAAACAAAGAAGAACGUCAAGCAAUUGCUCUACAAAACUGAAUGGAAGAAUGCUCAAAAACAAGCAACGAAUUUUGCAAGACAACAGAAAAAGAGAAAAAUCGAGGAUCCAGGCUAUGUCAUUGUCGAGUUCAAGGCCACUGAGCACUAUGGUUUCAUUCAUCUUCUCCGUCUUUUUACAAAACUUCCAAACUUGAUAUACGGAUGCCGUUCCGGAACCGUCUGGACGUAUAACGGUUUAAAGAACAUCUUCAACAGCCUGACCCCAUUUAUUCAAUUUCUUGUCGAGAAUAAAGAUGUCUUUCAAAGAGCAGUUAACAAAAACCCGGCAUUCAACAGUGGAGACAACGAUGAUGGUGACAUGGUGCCGAAACCGAAGAAGUCUCGCCUAGAAAAUUAUGAGAACGGAGUGAAUCUUGACGGAGCGCCUUCAAAAAUCACUAAGAGCGAUAAGGAUGAUUUCCAACAGCCAAACAUGAGAUUGAGCAGAAAAAAAAGAAUAGCUGCGGAGUAG